UGCUGCUAUUUUAUGAGAGAUAUAAAUAUCAAAUUCGGCUUAAUUCACCAUUUAAAUGUCCACAAGUUUGAAAAUGUAGUUGACAUGUUACACCUAUGAAAUGGCGUCGUCAGUGGCGACAGAGCCAGCGAAAUGCCCGGGUUCAGCACCAGCCGCAGAGUCCAUAGUGCCCGCUUGUAUGUUUGCACCGGAUCGGGGAUGUGCCGAGGAUCUAUCAGGCGGAGAGGGCUUUGAAGACGGCGAUGGUACAAACGGAGAGUCCGCGGAUCAUUUAGACUUAAGCAGCAAGCUGGUCCUUGUGAGUCCAACAGGAGAACAGUAUGAUUCAUUACUACGACAUUUAAGGGAGCGGAUAGAUGAGGGCUGCGGAGAGACAAUCUAUGUGGUUGGCAUGGGCUCAGAUGGAGGUGACUAUGGUCUGGAUGAGAAGGACAUGGAAGCAUCGGUAGCAACUGUGCGGUCGCUGUGUGAACAGAUUGAGGCUGACCUAAUCCUGCUGAGAGAAAGGACUGACACUGGCGGAAAGAUUCAGGACUACCUCAUCCGUCGGCGCGUGGGCGAGCAGGAUUUCCUGGAAGUCAGAGUGGCAGUUGUAGGGAACGUAGACGCUGGAAAGAGCACCCUGCUGGGAGUGUUGACCCACGGGGAGCUGGACAAUGGCAGAGGUUUUGCUCGCCAGAAGCUCUUCAGGCACAAACAUGAAAUGGAAAGCGGCAGGACGAGCAGCGUGGGCAAUGAUAUCCUGGGCUUUGACCAGGAAGGACAGGUGGUAAAUAAGCCAGACAGCCACGGGGGAGGCCUAGAUUGGACCAAGAUCUGUGAGAAAUCCUCAAAAGUCAUCACUUUUAUCGACUUGGCAGGCCAUGAGAAAUAUCUCAAGACCACUGUCUUCGGCAUGACGGGACAUUUACCUGAUUUCUGCAUGCUCAUGGUUGGCAGUAACGCUGGUAUCGUUGGCAUGACCAAGGAGCAUCUGGGUCUGGCACUGGCCCUGAAUGUACCGGUGUUUGUAGUGGUUACUAAGAUAGACAUGUGUCCUGCUAACAUCCUGCAAGAGACACUAAAAUUAUUACAAAGGUUACUAAAGUCGCCAGGCUGCAGGAAAAUCCCAGUUCUUGUCCAAAACAAGGAUGAUGUCAUCGUCACAGCCUCUAACUUCAGCUCCGAGAGGAUGUGUCCGAUUUUCCAGAUCUCAAAUGUGACAGGAGAGAACAUGGACCUGCUGAAAAUGUUCCUGAACCUCCUGUCCUCUAGGGCCACCUUCAGCAACGACGAGCCUGCAGAGUUCCAAAUAGAUGACACAUACUCAGUACCGGGUGUGGGCACAGUAGUUUCAGGCACUACGUUACGUGGAAUGAUACGACUCAACGACACGCUGCUCUUAGGCCCGGAUCCUCUGGGCACCUUUAUCCCCAUCGCUGUUAAGUCCAUCCACCGCAAGAGGAUGCCUGUCAGAGAGGUUCGCGGUGGACAGACGGCAUCCUUUGCCCUCAAAAAGAUCAAACGAUCAUCUAUAAGGAAAGGAAUGGUGAUGGUUUCACCAAAGUUGAUGCCACUGGCCACCUGGGAAUUUGAGGCUGAGAUUUUGGUCCUCCACCAUCCGACCACGAUAUCCCCCAGAUACCAGGCCAUGGUCCACUGUGGCAGCAUCAGGCAGACGGCCACAAUCCUGACAAUGAACAAAGACUGUUUGAGGACAGGGGACAAGGCCACGGUCCACUUCCGCUUCAUCAAGACCCCCGAGUACCUGCACUGUGAGCAGAAGCUGGUGUUCAGGGAAGGACGUACCAAAGCUGUGGGCACCAUCACCAAGCUUCUCCAAGCAGUGAGCACCCAGGCGGCUAAGGCCCAGCAGUCUAAGAGUCAGGCCAGUAAGAAGACUUCUAAAGAUGCAAAUGAAGAGGGUGGAUCAACAGUACGGCCGCCCAGUCCCAACGCAGCACAGCUACCAACAGUGGCAGAGGAGGAGGCUCUCUGUAAAGAUGGCAACAAAGAGAACAAGCUUAAGUCGGGAGGUGGAGGACGCAGGAGAGGUGGUCAGAGACAUCGAGGGAAAGGCCUGAACGCUGCAACAAUCUCUACAGCGGUUUCUGCAGGAUCAGCAGGCACGGCCUAAACACAACCUUAGAUUUGCCCUCAGCCCGUCAUUAUGACGUCUUUACGGGGAGGAGAAGUGACCGCGAUGCUCUGCUGGUUGUCUGGCCGGUCAUGACAUGUGUCUUUAAUCUAAAACGAUUAACAGUUUGCAAUUAUUUUUCACCCUAAAUCAGUUUAUACCCAACUACCCGUGUGCUGCAGAGGGUGAUAGUUGCUAUUUGGUUUGAGUUUUACUGCAUUAACAAUUUGAAAUUUGUAGGUUCCAUUAUAUUUAUCGAUUUCUGUUUUAAUACAGAUGUUUCAGGGGUGUUCCUAAGAACCUCCAGCAGAGGCAUCAGUCACUUCCCCAGCCCUGUUUUCAGCCUCCACUAGUAUUUUUUUUCCUAUUGAUACACUUCCUAUAUUUUUCUCCACCUGACCGUCAUUAACAAACUUCGUAUGACGACGGCACUCGAGUCUGCUACUUAAAUUCAGUAGUUUUGAGAUUUGUCAUGGACACUGGCAGUAAAAAUCAGAACAUUUGAAAUUGAGUGAACUGAAAGGGAACGUCUGUAAAGAAAACCAUGGCUUGGAUGUAGCUGGUGUGUUUGUUUCCUCUGCCACCGUUUUGGGUGGUAGCUGCGUUGGUCUUUUGUUAAUCCCCUGCUGAAGGUGUUUUUGAUGUGACAGAGAUGGUGGUGAUGAUGGAAAUGUUGUGGCUGUUUAACAGAAAAGUUCCCUUCUUGCCGGGAAAUUCUAACUACUCAUGCGUCGUGGAGCAUCUGCUUGUGCCCGACAAACAAAACCGUCUCUUUAAUCCUUGCAAAAGAAAGGUCGUUUUAUUGAUUAAAAGCCAAACUGUUUUCCCAAGAGCCAGUGUUCUUGUUUUACUGCAUCGGGUUCAUGCAGCCAACAGAGAAAAGUUCUGAAUAGUCCUUCCCCCUUUUUUUUUCUUUCUUCCCAACAAGUGCUGUCUAGUGGCCAAAUGGCGUUUGUCGUGUUUUAAUCAGGUUCAAGUCCUUUUGAACUUGUUUACUCUGUUUGCUGGGAAACAAGCCAAGCAGGCGCAGACUGUUAAGCACAGUUCUUCUAUUUAAUCCACUGUGAUAACCAAAUAACCCACAAGCUGAAAGCACAAAAACCAUUACCUGCCAUUUUGAUAAAUGAAUUAGACACUCACGAUUUGAAAAGCCAAGGAAGAACAUUCAUUUUGGUGGCACUUUUUUUAUUCCAGCUGCAAAACAAAUUUCAGUGCGAUGACAUUUGGAAAGCAAACACAAAUUACUUUCGUUUAUUUUUUUAUGGUACAUCCAGAAUCAAUAUUACCCGCAGAUAUUUCUAUAUGAUUCAGAUUUUACUCUACACUACUCAAACCGUGACACAGAAACUGUUUAGGGUGUAAACACCACCUGGCAAUGUACCAGUUAAUUAUGCAAAUCCUCUCAUAUUGUGUCUAAUAAGCUAACACAAACCGCCGAUCCCAUCAAACUAAAGUGAGCUGCAGAAAACUACAUCCUUUUGUUAGCUACAUGUUUUAUCAAGUUCCUCACUGGCUUCUCUCCCGGUCUCACACACACACCUGUGAGUGCUGGUCAGUCUCAUCUGAGUGUCUUUUAAGGGCUAAACCCAUUUUCUCAGGAUCCUAAACAUACUGAACUGCCAGAAUAUUUCUCCCUUUAUUCCCUCUUAACUUUACCAGUAGUGCAUGGGUUUGUUUUUGAUGCUCUCUGUGUGUGUAUACGAACAUGCGAGUUGUGCAGAAGGAUAAAAGGAGAUGCCAUUUAAAUUAAGUGGUGCCAGUUUGUGUUGUAAAUCCUUUGAAAUAAAGAUGUUGUAGAAAACUCA